AUGUCGUAUAGGGAGCUGUAUCAAAAUCUAUUUGAUGCACACAUUGUUUCCCCUUACUACUUAAAACCUCUACAACCUCCGUACCCCAAAUGGUACGAUGCAAACGCACAAUGCAAUUAUCACGCGGGAGUCGUGGGGCAUUCUAUAGAACAUUGUACUGCGCUCAAAAAGCUGGUUGAAAGACUCAUAGGCAUGGGUGUUGUUAAAUUGGAUGAUUUGCCCAAUAUAGAGAAUCCGUUACCUAAUCAUAAUGAUAAUGGAAUGAACAUGAUAGGUGGGAACAUGGGUAGAAAAAUCAAGAAAGAUACCGCAGAAGUGAAAAUUCCUUUAAGAUGGGUCUGGAAUAAGAUGGUAGAAAGGGUGUUAUUUGUCUUGGAUUCUGAAAGAAGCUUUGGAGGGGUAAAAAACUACUGUGAGUUCUAUCACGAGGAGGGACAUGAGAUUCAAGAGUGUAUAGAAUUUAGAGCCUUAGUUCAAGGCAUGAUGGAUGACAAGGAGGUGGAGUUCUACGAAGAAGUUAAGGAAGAAGGAAGUAUAUGCGCAUCUGAACCAAUGAAGGUUCCAAAAGUAACUCAUCCUGUAGUCAUUAUCUCGCGACCAAAGAAUGAUGAAGAGAUUAUAGAGGAUCAAGGUAUAGGUGCUUAUCCAGAACCUGUGAAAGGAAGGGCCAUAACAGUGGAACAAAAGAAGGGGAAAAUAGCUGAGCCUGUGUUAUUUAUCAACGAGCCAGUGAAAGAGGAAGAAGCUGUGGAAUUCUUUACAUUUUUGAAGCACAGUGAGUAUAAUGUCGUCGAACAGUUGCAUAAACAAUCGGCUCGCAUAUCCGUACUAGCCUUACUCUUGAAUUCAGAAGUACACCGAAGUGCGUUGAUGAAGGUGCUGAAGGAGACCUAUGUGGCCAAUGAUAUUUCUGUCAGCAAAUUGGAUUGGUUGGCCAAUAAUAUCAGAGUGUUGAUUGACAAUGGAUCAACUUUGAACGUGUUGCCAUUAUCCACACUUAACAGGCUUCCCAUAGACAGCUCGCACAUGAAAACAUGCCAAAAUAUAGUGAGGGCGUUUAACGGUACAGAGAGAAAGGUCAUGGGAAGAAUUGAGAUACCCUUAUUGAUUGGCCCAAUAGUUUAUGAGAAAUUGAAGUUACUGUCAGAAGGUCGGCUGGUGAAAAUAAACCCCAAAGAGGAUAUUAUAGCGACUGUAUCCAGUGAGGCACCAUAUGUGGAGACUAAUGAUGAGUCGGUGGAAUGCUCAUUCCGAUCUCUGGAGUUUGUAAAUGCAACAUUUUUUCUUGAAGGGAGCAAAAUCCUAGUGCCUAAAAUAUCCAAAACUACAGAGAUGGGUUUGCAAUUGUUGGUAGGGAAAGGAGCUUUACCCAGAAGAGGAUUAGGGAAAUACCUUCAAGGGAAAAUUGAGGUUCCAGUGCUAAAAGAAAAACAAGACAACUUUGGCUUAGGGUACAAGCCAGAUAGAGGACAGAGAAAGAAGGAGUUAGAAAGAAGGCAAGAAAGAAGAAUGUCACGUUUAAUUAGGGAGGAAAUAAAAUGGGAGCCAAUGAUAAUUCCUUACAUAUCCAAAACCUUCGUAUCUGGAGGGAUCAUUCAUUCUGAGAGAAAGAUACUGAUUGAGGAAAGCAUCGAAGAAACAUUGGAAAAUAUACACAUCAAUGACCUAAAUGAGGUUGCAAAUGAAAAGAGGAGCUUGUCCCUGUAUAUCAAUGACGUGAAUGGCGCUGCUACAAACUCAGAGUUUCCUCUUGAACGAAACAUGUGUUUAGAGGGAUCGCAGGACUUUGAAGGUGACGUAGAUGGUGGUUUAUCUUUGGACUUGUUAAGAAUGGUAGAAUAG